CGUCAUCAAUCAAGUUCUCAAGUUCAUUCUUUCUUGAUUUCAUUCACAAAAAGGAAAACCUUUGGUUUGGGAUGGGAAAUUCGGUGGUGCGAUAAUGAUUUUUGUUAACUAAUAAUGUUAAAUUAGUUAGAAAUAACAAAUUACACUGAAAAAAUGGUGACUAUAAUAAAAAAUCAGUUGCUGAAGCAUCUAUCAAGGUUUACGAAGAACCUUUCGCCAGAACAGAUCUCGUUAUCAGCUCUGAGGGGGUCUGGUGAGCUGCAGGAUCUGACCCUGGAUGAGGAGUUGCUAACAGACCUGUUGGAAUUGCCAGGCUGGGUGCGGCUCACUUCAGCUAAAUGUAAUAGAGCCUCCUUCAGAAUACAAUGGACGAAACUCAAGACAGUUCCUAUAGUACUGAAUCUAGACGAGGUGCACAUAGCAUUAGAAGUGUGUACUGAACCUCGAGAAGUGAACCCGACAGCGGCCGGUGCGGCGCCUAUACCUGGCAAAUACAGCUACAUCCACAAGGUAAUAGACGGUAUAUCGGUAGCUGUGAACCAAGUGCAAAUCGACUUCAAUUGUGAUGCAUUCACCAGCAGUGUUCAGAUCUCAAGGGUGACGGUGGAGUCGCGGACGCCAGAUGGUCGGAAAGGUGACCUAAGACUGACUAGGAUCAAAUCGCCCGACACGGGGCAACUACUUAUUUUUAAGGAAUUAGAAUGGCAAAGUGCCCGGAUUGAAGCCAAAGCCCACGGUUCAGUGGGAGCCAAUUUACCCCCACUAAGGUUGUUAUUGGGCAAUACGCAUUGCAGAAUAGUCAUAAAGAAGAGGCUCGCUGACUGCGCAGUGGUGGCGUCGCGGCUGGCGCUGCGGCCGGAGCCGCUGUGCUGGGCGCUGACGGACGGGCAGCUGCGCGCCGCGCUGGCGUGCGGCGCCGCGCUGGCCGCGCCCGUGCGCCGCGCCACCGCGCGCCACACCCGCGCCAAGGCGGCCAGGAAGGUCGAAGAACCAAAAGAACAGAUCCACACCAGGGCAUCGGGCACCAGCGAACGAGACAUCUUGGCCCGAAUGUUUGCCAAACACGACGUGCGAGAAACCUCGUAUCACCUGUUAGCACCGAGAAUAGACUUGCACCUGUGCGACGAUCCCGGCUUGGGCCGAUCUGAAAAGCCAUCUUUAGCAAAUGGCGGAGCACUACAAGUGACCCUGGUCAGCAUGCAAGCGGACCUGUUCCCGUAUCACAAGGCGACCAAUGACAGGCGGCAUUGGAGGGGAUACAGGGAAUCAGCAACGCCGCACAGUCAAUGGUUGUCACAGGCGUUAUCGUCGUUCUGUGCGACCCUGCUCGACUCUUUGGAUCCGCGACCGUUAACGCCAACCAAUAAGCCGCCGAGUCAACCGGAGAAGUUGGGAGAGCCGCUGUCAAACGGCAUCGGUCACAAGCCGCCCAGCGCUUCCAGUACUCCGUCCAGUAACACUACUACCUCACAAGCGUCGCCCACUCGCACUCGUAUACUGCAACAGCUUGGCAAACUGAUGACCACGUGCCUCGUGUUGAGGAUAGAUGACUACACCGUUUAUAAGGUGUCUACGGGAUCAAAAUCAAGGGAAGCCCCCCGGCCGCUGGUCAGCGCUGAGAAAGCGACCUUACCAGGGGACGCGGGGCUGCUACACGCGGAACUCACAUUCUUCUAUUACCCUGGCGAUGUGUGUUUCCCUGUGCCAGCGCCGAAGCUCUACGUCCAGGUGUCUCCGGUUCGAGUCUCGGUUGACUCGUCCAGUGUGAUAUGGCUCGGGGCAUUCCUCCCUCACGUGGCCAGAGCGUUGGAUAGUGGUGAUGAUGAUGGGAAACCUGCUUAUAUGGAUGUGCGGUGUGAAGCUAUCAUGCCUAAGAUCGUUCUAGAAGCCGGCUCUGAACACGUCUCCCAACAGCGGGAUCGGCCCAAGGAAUUGCAGAUUUGCACCGCUCGGGCUAUACUCACCAAUGUGCGAGAGUCUGCGAGAACUAAUGGCGCGGGUACUAGAGCAGACUUGGCCGCCAUUUUGUCGGCGUUGAGGCGGACAGCGCCACCUCGCGGAGAAUUCCCGUGUACACCUGAAGAUUUGGAUCCGAUACACGAACAGUUUAUAUUGCACGCUGACAACUUGGACGACAUAGACCGCGGCACGGCCAUGUCGCCGGAGCUGCUAUGGAAGGAGUGCCGCAGCGUGUGGUGCGCACGAGUGGAGCCGCUGUGGGCGGACUUCUGCGGCGCGAGGGCUACCAACUACAAGCCUGCACCUCUACUGGACGCCACGCCUUUCACUGCUUGGAUAUGCUUCGACGCCGGUUUCUCUCGCAUUUCCGUCGUGGCUCGAGCGUCGGGAUUGGCUGGUCUCCAGCUCAACCACUAUCAGAUGCUCUUCCUCUUGAGACAGUUGGAGAGAGUCUCUGACAUGGCCGCUUGGCUGGCACACGACGCCGAUAGGCAGCCGGACGCUAAGAAUGGAGCAAUUGUAGUAGGUCUCGUGGUACCAGCGGUGGAGUUGACGCUAGUGCUGCCUUCCAACUGCCCGGGACAAGAGUCCUCCCGGGACCUUGACAGUGUGCCCCUGGACUCGUCCAGCCUUCAGGAUAUGAAGAUGGGUUCGGAAGCGACGAUGGCGCCAUCUAUGCAAGACCGUGACAGCGGAGUAUUAGCCACCGCGUCUGUGGAGGUGUUCACAGCCCAGACAUUGCCCGCUGAUGAGGUCCAUCCGCCCAGCCCUGGACUCGGCUUCGCUGGUUUCUCGUCGAUGCGGCGCGGCCUGACGUCGCUGGUGACGUCGCUGGACGGCGCGCUGGCCCGCGAGGACGCGCGCAGCGACGCCGCCUCCACCGCCAGCUCCGACAGCGAGCGCUACGUGCUGGUGGGGCUCGCGGCCGAGUCGCCCGACGACGCCGAUGUCGCCUUCCGGGAAUUUGAACACGGCCGCGCAUCGAGCGGCGUCGAAGUAGCCGCUGAAGUGGUGGAACGGUCAUCGUCACCGAGCGAUCACUCCGUCACCAGUUCCUGUAGGAGGAGAGACGUGAUAUCAACGUGUACGUGGCGUCUGAACAACAUUCACAUAAUACAUCAGAGCGUCGCCGGUCAUUCCUGCGUGAGGCUGGUGGGCGACGAUCUCAACACGGACGAGUGUUGCGCCAUACCCUGGGAUGAGUUCCAGAACAAAUUCGCGAUGCGCGCGCGCGCAUUCUCCGAACCAGUGACAGACGAAAUGGAAGAGUUGGCGCCGCGUGAGACGCCGCGGAUCGCAGCUAGACUUAUAAGGACACAACUACCUAGGCUUCUCAAUGAUAAGGGUAUACCAACAGGCUUGGCGCCUUUCGACGAGCUUCUAGAAGCUAGAGUGCGAGAGCUGAGCAUAGCGCUUAACAUGAGCACAGCAUUAGCUUUAGCGGAGUUUAUAGAGGACGAGGUGGUGGUGCCACCGAUGCCCUUAGAGGUUCUGAUAGACAACGUUAAAUUACAUCUCAUAGAAGAUCGUCCGACCCGUUCCAUAUCAUCCCCCCCGCCCCAGCCCCUGGACAUCGACCUUACAACCCUCAAACUGACCAGGGAUUCGGCCGGAGUGGUCCGCUUAGGGCCGGUUUCCACACCCUCGACUAAAGACCUCCCGGCGACGCCGCAGCCGCAGCCCGAGCUGGAGGAAGCGAGACAGCAGAUAGAGAGGCUGAACAGAGAGAACGAGGAGUUGAGGAGGAGGCUGGUCACUUUGGCCAGGAUCGCUGAGGACAACAGGGAGCUCAGGGCUAAAGUGGAAGAGGCCUCAGUUUUAAAGCAAUGUGCGCACGCGGCGCAACAGGAAGCUGCCAGGUUGUUGGCCGACAAACAGGAGCUUCUGGAAGCUAUGCGGAUCCUACAGGAACAACAAAACUGUCGCGGCAAAAGAUAGCGAUCCCGAAGCGGUCAGCAGCAUAGCUGUCUAGACUGUACGGCUUGCUGUGGUGACCAGCGCAAUUAGACGGGUCAGGAGUAAGAACUUGUUGUAAGCUACGCGUCAAAGUGGCUUGGUCAAGUCAGUUCACUAGCCAUUAAAGAUAGACCCAUGGAUGUGUAUAAAGUGUUCACAGCGGCGACUCAUGAUAAAGUGGUGAGAAAUAUUUGGAUACCUAUGAAGAUUCAGAUUGAAGUCACAUUCAGAAAUUUAACACAGUUGAGACUAGCCAUCGUAAAUAGACGCAUGGAUACUAAACAAGUAUUCAAAGCGCCGUCUCAAAAUAAAAUAGUUUGACAUGAGAAAUUUAACGCAGUAAGACUGGCCAAUGAUAGAAGCAUGUUGAUAACGAUGCGUCAAGGUAAAUUGGUGGAGUGUUCAUUUCACUAGCCAUCAAAGAUAGACCUAAUCUACCUAUUAAGUGUUCAUAGUAGCGACUCAAGAUAUACUGGUAACCAUUGAGAAAUUCUUUUAAAGAAUUUAAUACAAGCCAAUUAUAAGUCAUCACAUCGAGUAAAAAAACAUGUGUAUCAACGCGUCAACAUAAAACUACCAUCAUAGAUAGGUAGACCUAUCAGUAAAUAAAAAUUGUUCACAGCAAUGUCUCAAGAUACAAUGGUUUACAACAUCGGAUUAACUGAUUAAAACGUUUUGAAAAAUAAUACCUAUAUUAUUAAUAAAAAAGUUUUAAUCAGUUAAUAGUUGUUCGGUUAUAAAACCACCGAAAAUAGACCCGUUGUUUCUUAGAAAUUGUAUGUUGAAUAAAUCAUAAGUUAAAAUGGAUUAUCGGCGAAAGGAAUAAACACAGUAAAGACUAUUUGUAAUCUAUGGAUUAUAAAUAUAUAUACAUAUAUAUCCCAAUUGUGAUUUACAUUUUUGAAGUACUUACGGAAAGCAUUUACUAUAUAGAAUAGAUAUAUUUAUUGUAAAUAAUGUUGGAAUCAGCCGUGUCAUAUCAAAUUAAGAAAAUUAUAAAGAGCUGCGUAUUCAUGUGCAUUGGACUGUAAUCUUUGAAGACAUGCUUUCUUUUCGUUUUUUUUUUUUAUUAUUUCUUUGAUUAUUAUUGUUUAUUAUACAAUAUUAACUUUCGCCCGCGGCUCCGCCCACCCUAUAAAGUACCCUAUAUUUUUUUUGCUCUCCACACUAUAUUUUUACAAAAUUUUAUGUUGAUCGGUUGACGUUAAAAUCGGAAAACAAACAUACAAACACACUUUGACAUUUAUAAUGUUGCUUACAACAAAUAUCAGUAAAGUUAAAGGAAAAUAUUCAUCCAGGGAAUCUUAUCCCAGUGGGAUGGCUUAGUAAAUUAAGAACUUAUAGAAAAUUGGCUGGCGUGUAAGUCUUAACAAUUUUUCUGGGUCAUAAUUUUUGAAUACGCAGCUAGUUUAGAAAAUAAAUGAAAAAAAUUAAUAAAAAUCGAGAAAUUAGACCAUCUCGUAUAUUUUAUUAUCGUCGUAGUUAAACCAUCAUAUACUCGAGUUGAUUAAACAUAUUAUCGUGUCACACCAAAAUUUUCUACUGUAUUUAGACGCCAAAUGACCUUUGAAUAAGUUUUGGAUGAAAAUAUUUACUUAUCUUUUAGGCAGAAGUGGGCAAAAGGGUUUUGCCAAUGAAGAGAACUGAAAGUCACAAUCACUUUUAGGGAAUUCCUAAAAAAAUAAUAUUUUGAUUCCCUUUCUUUAGGUAUUUGUCUAUAUGUCUGACACAUCGCAGCUCCCGACUAAUAGAUUUUUUUCUUUGUUUGAUAGGUGACUUAGCCUGUAUUUUAAGGAAAUCUGUCCAAGAUGGCCGCCGCCACAAAAUGUCCGAUCACAUAUUUUGCCACUACUCCCUCAAUAUGGGUAUCAAAUUAAAAGACUUUAGUAGUAGAAUACUUCUUUAUAAUAGCCAAAUGAAAAACUAUUUAUCUUUGUCGUUACCUUUUCCCACCCUUCACGUGAGGUCGGCACCGUAUGUUAGUUUUUAUUUCACUUAUCUUACUAGAAAGUUUUAGCUUUGAUUUCAUGACCGGCUGCCUGCUUGUCGUCAACCCUCUGUGGUGUACUUUUGUGGCACCAAGAUGUAUGUGAUCUUUUCCCUUAGUCGGCUUUCACGACAUUCACGGGAUGAGGCUCUAUUCUACUCUGCCGAUGACCACAUAGUUAAACACACAAAAACAAAAUUAUAUCAGUUCAAUUACUUUAAUUUUUCAUUGAACGUUUCGCCUAUCGUAUUCAAAGGUCAAUGGCAUAUUUAGGAAUAAGAAAUAUCGUAUACAUUUUCUAUAUAAAAUUUAAAUUGUUGCCAUAUAUUAUUCUCGUAUUCGAAUUGUAAAUAAAUAAAUUUCAGCUCUUGUAUGUGUCAUAUGUUAACGUUAUAUCGACAAAAAUAUCUCAACGUUUGAAAAAAUUGGUUUUAUAUUUGUAAGUCAUGUGAAACAUUUUUACGUUUAUUAUGCAAAAUAAAAGUUAUACAGUCAAAUCGAAUAAAUUGAGCUGGCCCCAGAGUAAAUUGGAGUUAUAUGUUAUGGGUUACUAAAUUCUAACUCAACGACUCAGUUUGUUAUAUGUAUAUGACAUGAAAUCAAUAAAAGAUAUAAAUUUUUCUCUGAAAUAAAGAAUAUCAAACAGAUAUUAUUUUCAAAAAAUAAUUCUAUAAUAUAUUCAUGAUUGGUUGUUGGCACAGCCAGUUUUUGUCAUCUUGCUUUUUCAAGAAAUCAUUACAUCAAUGAUCAUUUUUUUUAUAUUUUUUACAAUCUUAUGAUUGUAACUUGACUUGUGAUUUAUUAAAAAAAAAGUGUAUAAGAACUCUAUAGAAAAUGAAAAUCACACCAAUUUUGUCCAAAUUGAUGUGUAGUGUGACUGGUCCCAGUCAGAAUAUUUAUCCAGAAUUUUUAAAUAUAUUAUUAUUUUGGUGCCAAAAUUUCUUAACUGGUUUUGAUGUUAAUUAUUUAAAAUAUUUUUUUACAUGAUAAAAGUAUUUUGUUUCCUUUUUUCUGAGUUUUAAGAAUAUAUUUUCUUUUCAUGUGUAGCUGUUAUAAUAUUUUAGUGAUAGUUUAAAAUUUAGUGAGAUUUUUAGAUGAUGUAUUUUCAAAGAUUUUUAUCUGUGAAUGUGUACGCGUCGAGUCACCUGUUAUGGAUUUGCAAUUUAUUGCAUUUUAUGUAGCUAUGAACUGUAUACCUACUUGUAGUUAUAUUUAUCCCCUUUUUACUAUGUGUGUUAGGAUUAUUGACAAAAUGUGCCUGUAUUUUUAAUUAGGUACUUACGAAAAUUUUAGAUCUACAAACUUUCCUUUGAAGGGUUCUCACAUCUGGGUUUUGUCUGUCCCAAAAGAGGCUUAGAGUGAAGACUAUGGUCAUUGUAAAUGUAUGUAAAAACUGGGAAUUAGUUUUCUUUAAAAAAAAAGCCAUCAUAUUAUUAAUAACAGAAAGUUUGUAGAUCUUAAAACCCUGUUUUAUUGAAUAUUCGCUUAUCGUGGCUAUACCAUGCCAUUUUGCCAUAUAUUGUAUUAAAAUAAAUAUGUAUUCCAAAAUAAAUUUUUAUUUUAUGUCGUUGUAAAUAUAUUUUUUAUUGUGAUGCUAAAUAUUUUUUUACUCAAUAUAUAUAGACAGAUAUAUGCAGAAUGGAAUUUUCUUUUUUGGAAUGAAAUAAGAGAAUCAAGCCUAAACAUUAAUAUUUUUUAAAUAAAAAUUACGUCUUGGCCCCUUAUAUGGCAGCAGGUUUAAUAAAUAUAAGAAAUGUUUCUCAAAUUUUUCACUGUGGUAUGACUAUGAGUUUUCUAUUGAUUAAGUCACGUCAUGCUUACUGGAAGCCAAAGUUAAAAUACUUUAUUGUUUUUUAUUAUAAUGAGAUACAAUAAGAAAUGUUAAAUUUCAAUCUGAUUUUUUUAUGUAUAUAGGUAUGGGUUUGGCUGCCAGUACUGCCGCAUUAAAGGGGUUAAAGUUUUUUUUUUAUUCAUCAAGAUUUUUAAUGACAUAUUUUAUUCUUGUAGCAAUAUCUUGUGUUCAUCAAGUUUUAAUACAAGAUCGUACAUUAAAGUUUGAAGCAUUAUUAUCAGUUAAUCAAUAAUCUGGCAACUGGCCCCACCAGUUAUUUGUGUAUAAACAUCUUUUAAUAAUAAAUUGUCCAAAUGACAAUGAAAUGUAAAUCAAAUACCGUUGCUUGGUUUUAAAAAAGAAAGCUUAGAAAAAGGACGAAAAUAGAGAAAAUUCCGGAAGUGGUGGAGAAGGCUUCCAUUGUGUUAAUUUUUUCUGUCUAGUUUGUACUUGGAUCAGUUGCCAGAAAA